UCGAGAAAACGUGGGUGCAGCUCGUACAUCAAGUACCCACGCAGCAGGAAAAGAUGUCGCGACUGGGGAGCCGAAGAGAGGUUUGCUGCUGCCUAGCAACCAUCCCACUCCAGCGGCCAUGCCCCACAUCGAUGCGAGGCCGAAGUCCCACCUUCCCGAGAAAAGAGGCCGCGGGAGUGUCAACAUCGUGCUGCGGCAUCCGCGGAGGGCGCGCCUCCCGACAAGCGCGGCGGAGCACACCUUGGCGCCGGCAGGCCGAAGGGAAGCUACGGGAAGAUAACGCUUCGCUCGGUCGUGCAAGGCUCGACAACACAGGGAUGUACGGGGUGACACGGUAACUUGAUUGUUUGUUUGCUUUCGAGUAGGUGUCGUUUUUUGCCUGAUGUGCCUUCUUGAUUGAGGUCUCGAGCCCCAAACUCUACGCUCGUUGUUUACAACCAUGUUGCACAACCAUGUUGCAGUAUUUUCUGGGGGGGGGGGCGUGGCACAGCGUCGGUACGCCCGUACCGGGGUGAAUACACCCCGGCCUGUUGAGGCAUAAGGAGAAUCAUGUGAGUCUUUGAUUGUUUUUUUUUUUUUUUCCUUUUGCUUGGUCUCACGUGUCAUGUGGGAGCGAUGGGUUCUUGUCUUCUUGUGUCGAUUCCCCAUUUCUCCAUCCGAAAGAACAUACUGCUGUAGAGUGUACGGCAUGUCACCUGCUGCAAAGCCUGACUGCUUAGGGAUUGGGGACCUUCUUUUUUUGUGUAUCGCGUUCGUGUGGUGUUUUCCGGUCCGUUAUCUUCUCUUUGUGGUUUUUCGGUAUGUACACAAACUAUAUGUAUCAUGCACC